AUGGCGUCGUCCAACGAGGAGCUCCCCAAGGUGACGCUGUACUGGCUCAACGGCUCCCGCUCGCAGCGCAUCAUGUGGCUGCUCGAGGAGCUCAAGGUGCCGUACGACGUCGAGGUCUUCCACCGCAACAAGCAGACCAUGCUGGCGCCGCCCGAGCUCGAGAAGAUCCACCCGCUCGGCAAGUCACCCGUCGUCAGCGUGCUGCCCGCGGGCGCGCCCCCCGGCACCGAGCCGCUCGUCCUCGCCGAGAGCGGCCUCAUGACCGAGUACCUGUGCGAGCACCUGCCCGAGGGGCGGCGCCUCGUGCCGGACAAGUGGAAGUCCGGGUGCGAGGGCAAGGUCGGCGGCGAGACGGAGGCGUGGAUGCGGUAUCGGUACCUGCUGCACUAUGCCGAGGGGAGCCUGAUGCCGACGCUGGUGGUGGCGCUGGUGACGUCGCAACUCAAGUCCCCCGCGCAGGUCCCCUUCAUCGUGCGCCCCAUCACCUCCAUCGCCGCCAACCGCAUCCUGUCGCAGUUCGUCUUCCCCAACGCGCUCAAGCACCUGCGCCUCAUCGAGUCGUACCUCGAGACCUCGGGCGGCCGCUACCUGUGCGGCGACGCCCUGACGGCCGCCGACAUCCUCAUGAGCUUCCCGCUCAUCGCCGCCAAGGACCGCUGGGACGAGAUGGGCCGCUUCGAGGGCGGCUCCUGGGCCAAGCAGUUCCCCCGCGUCGCCGCCUACGUCGCCCUGCUCGAGGCCGAGGAGGGGUACCGCAAGAGCGUCGAGCGCAUCGAGAAGAUUGACGGCAAGUUUACGCCGUCGCUGUAA